UCAGAGCGUCCGGGAAGGCAAAGGUGAAGCUGGGCGCACAGGGGUGCCUGCAGAACGAGGGCUGGUGGCUAAGGAGGAAACGCAGGGCGAAGUCCAGCGGGUGGGUCAGAGGGAAGAAGCCGAGCAGUCGAUAAGUGCCCGCAGCCCGUUGCCCAUCUCGGGUCCUGCUUGCCGGCAAGAACCCCUGGUGGUCCUGCAGGACCGAGGGUGGGUGGCUCUGUCCUUUGGAGGCCAUGGUGAGUGGGGCUGUAGAAGUAGGAGAGAAAGGAAUGGGCUACCGUGAGGAGCCGGAUCUGCUGCAGGAGGUGAAGCCAGAACUUGUGGAGCCUGAGACUCCCAAUGGGUCUGCUCCUGGAUCAGCCCCAGAGGUGCGCCUGACCUGGCGCCGCUGGGUCAUUGUAUUCCUCUUCAGCUCCUAUUCCUUCUGCAAUGCCUUCCAGUGGAUCCAGUAUGGCAGCAUCAAUCUCAUCUUUGCCAGAUUUUAUGGUGUGACUUCUUUUGCUAUAGACUGGCUGUCCAUGUGCUAUAUGAUCAUCUACAUCCCCUUCCUUUUCCCUGUUGCAUGGCUCCUUGACAAGAAGGGUCUGCGCCUCAUUGCCCUGGCUGGCUCGGCCCUUAACUGCCUAGGGGCCUGGGUGAAGAUAGGCAGUAUGCAACCCCACCUCUUCCCAGUCACUGUCCUGGGCCAAGUAAUCUGCUCUUUGGCCCAAGUUUUCAUCCUGGGCAUGCCCUCCCGCAUUGCUUCUGUCUGGUUUGGAUCCCGUGAGGUCUCCAGUGCAUGUUCAAUUGCUGUCUUUGGCAACCAGCUUGGCAUUGCUGUGGGGUUCCUCCUUCCUCCAGUGUUGGUUCCCAAUGUGCAAGAUAAGGAGAAGCUAGCCUACCACAUAAGCAUAAUGUUCUUUAUGACUGCAGCUGUGGCAUCGGCACUCUUCAUCUUGGUUAUCUUUGUUUUCCAGGAAAAGCCACAGUAUCCUCCAAGUCGGGCCCAGGCCUUGAUCCACACAGCAGCACCUGAGGAAUAUUCUUAUCUGCAAUCUAUUCUGCGACUAUUUCACAAUGUCAAUUUUGUGCUGUUGGUAGUUAGUUAUGGCUUGAACACAGGCUGCUUCUAUGCUCUUUCAACUUUGUUAAACCGCAUGGUGAUGAUGCAUUAUCCGGGAGAAGAGUUGAAUGCUGGCAGGAUUGGUCUUACAAUUAUAGUAUCUGGCAUGGUUGGAGCUUUAAUUUCAGGCAUCUGGUUGGACAGAACAAAAACCUACAAGCAGACGACGCUGUUGGUUUAUGUCAUGUCACUUGUAGGCAUGGUGGUGUAUACUUUUACUUUGGAGCUGGGAUACAUCUGGAUAGUCUUUGUGACUGCAGGUGCACUGGGGUUUUUCAUGACAGGUUACUUACCAUUGGGCUUUGAAUACGCUGCAGAAUUAACAUACCCAGAGUCAGAAGGGACGUCAUCCGGUCUUCUUAACGUAUCUGCACAAAUCUUCGGAAUAAUUUUCACCAUCAGCCAAGGACAGAUCAUUGAUAACUUUGGGACCCGAGCAGGAAACCUCUUCCUCUGUGCCUUCCUGUCACUUGGCACUGUUAUAACUGUGUUCAUCAAAGCUGAUCUCCGGAGACAAAAUGCCAAUCUGAAUAAUGAACAAACUAAGACCUUGGGAGAGGUGCCUCAGACCAGCACUGUGCCACUGUAUGAGGAAUCAAAUAUCUAAAGGUCUGAGGGACAGAGCUAGAUAUGGUUACUGUCACCCUGCAUUCUCAUCUCUACAGCUGCAUUUCCUACCACAUAUAUAAGUGGCCUGGCAUCCAGAGCCCAUCCAGAAAACUGCUUACGUUGCUGACAGGAGUACGUGGGAGUGGGAGUCACCCUCACUCGAGCCAGCUUCAUAUUUUUGCUCUGGCAUUAGGCAAAUCAGUGACUGAUGGAAAAGAUCAGAUGGAAGAAGAUGGACUUGUCUGCUGGCUUCCGUCCUAUUCAACAUGGAAUCAAUUCUGUCAUCUGUACAUCCUUUUACUUGGUGUACUGGAAAAGUAGAUCUGAAGGAUGAGGCAUCCGCUGGAUCCGGAGGAAGAUCCUUGCUCCUUAGGGAGAACCAGAAAGCACUUGCUCUGUGAGCAGCCCUACUUAAAAUCCAGCCCUUGAGAUGCAAGUGCGUUUAUAGAGUUUAUGGGAAAGUGCUCUGAGGCUUCUAGGCCUCUUCAAAACUUCCACUUUAAUAGAAUAUUUAUUUUUAUAACCUCAGUCAAGAUUUUUUAAAUUAAUGGAUAAUAGUUUUGCAAUGUGAAUAUUUUAGACAAAUUGUGGUUAUACUCUUGAAAUGUUUUGUGGUAACUAAUUUUUAACAAGUACUUGAGAAGCACCAGCAUGUAUGAUUGAUAAGUUGGUAUGUUGUGACAUACUAUGAAUGGGCUGGUUUGUGGCCAGGUAAGAAAAACAUGGACAUUUCAUGGAACUCUGUCAUGGAAGGAAAACAAACCCAGCUUAAAUUAUGGACCAAAAGAUGGAAGUGUUUGUGUUUUGAAAGAGUUGUGAGAGCUGAACCUGCUGUGUAGUACAAAUACACGUAAUACGCACUUGCUCACAGGGCUUUUUUUCAGGGGGAACACGGUGGAACAGAGUUCCGGCACCUCUUAAAAACACUCAGCAGUAGUGCUUGAAAAUAUUAUUUCAAAGAAUCCUGUGUGUUUCUUCCGCAUUUCCCUCUUGAGAGUUCCGCCACCUCUUUUCCCAGAAAAAAACCCCCUGCUUGCUCACGCACCUUGAUCUGUAAGAAAUCCUAGGAUGGUUUCCAAUCAAAGUAAAUGGUGCACUCAGGAGAAGUUCUAUCACACAACUCCUUCCAUCAGAUCAUUGAACAAGUGCAGUACAAUGGAUUGUGCCUGGUAUUUAUUAAAUACGUUGUGAGUUUGGACCCAGAUGACGUGUCCUUAAAGCCAAGUUGUGUGGUGAUUUAGUUUGGAAAUCCUAUAUAGCAAAAAUUGCAUUUUGUGUGUGUGUGAAAACUCUCCAGACAGAAUCACGUGAAAGGCUGCCUCUAAGAAGCGUUUUCAGAUUCUAGAACAAAAACAAAUCUUCCUACAGCACUUCCCAAUUUUACAAAAUGCUUUACAGCUUUUCCCCAUCCACCGUCAGUCCCCAGCCUGUCCCACUGCAACUCAGGAAAGAAAACCAGAGUGUUACAGGGAACAGAGUGCAGGAUUUGGACUGAGGAGUCCCCAAUUCAAAUCUGCUCAGCCAUGUGACCUUGGGCCAGUCCUUUUCUUAGCUCAUCUACUUCACAGGGUUGCUGUGAGGAUAAAAUGGGGUGUGUGGAACUGUAUGAAUAAUGCUGUGAAACCACUUGCAGAAUGAAUGGGAUAGAAAUGAAAUGAAUUGAACAAAAUAGAUCCCUAUCAUUUCCUUCUCCCAUUGAAUGGGACCUAGUUGGACUGGCAUAUACACCUGUUAACUUUUCUUUGCAAGGGGUUUGGUUAAACCUGUUCUUUCUUAGUGGGAAAUCUGUAUCAGGGCUUCCAAAUCCAUGAUCAGUAAACAUUUUCUACUGUUCUUCAUCAUGGAGAUUAAUACAUACCUGCAUAUUCCUCCCCCGUGAAGUCACCCCAUGCUGCCUUGCUCUGGAAAUCUUUCCACUGCUGGCCUUCUAGUUACUACCCCUAGACCCCCCCUUUUGGUCUCUGUGGUCAAAUAGCACUUAGAUUCCCGCUGUGCCUCCCUCCCAAUAUGCCAGAGUACUUUGUCUGUGAGGGUCUGCUGGCAACACGGCUGAGCAAGAAUGAUUCCUGGAGUUGAUAUAUUUUGUUGCUGUUCUCUUAACCUUCUUGCAGGUUUGCAACAGUUGAAAAGUCCCCACUGAGCCUAAUCUAAAUAAUUUGUGGAGGCCCAAGCCACAUAAAACAAGCUUUCAGCCAGUGGAGAGGUUCUGAGCCGUGGCUUUAAAAGCACUGCUUUAUUACGAAUAGUAUAUUUUUUAAGAACUAGAUUUUGUCAAUCCCCCCAUGGCCAGCUUGUAUUUUCUUGCUUUGACUGGUGUGAAGUGUGUGAUUUUUCAAUAAGAUAAUACUUCACUACUUGCACUUGAGUGUAUUUUUGUAUGUAAUUAAAUUAGAGG